AUUAAAUCAUAUAAAUAAAUACUGCAAUCAAUCAUACCAUAUGAUUAAACCAAAAAAUCCCCAGCAAAGAAAUGCUCUGAUAAAACAAAACAAAAAAAUUAAAAAAAAAAAAUCACAAGUCACAUGUAACGCUAAAGGAGUUUCUUCUCAAAUCACGCCAACCUCAUCCACAGCCAUCACAUGAGCAAUCCAUGCCUAUGCAUUUGUGCCAUUCUCACUCUAUAUAAACCCUCAACACUUCCCUCCAUAAUCACUUCACACAAUGUCGCUCUCUUCCUCUGCAAUUCCACCAUUGUUGCUGUCACUCUUCAUUUUAGCUUCUGCUGCUGUUCCGGAAAAAAUCGGUAAUGGCUACCGCUUGAUUUCCAUCCAGGAGUCCUCCAAUGGCGGCCUCGUCGGCCUCCUGCAGCUCAAGCAGAGGAACAACAUCUACGGCGCCGAUAUUCCCCGCCUGCAGCUCUCCGUCAAGCACGAAACCGGUAGCCGUUUGAGAGUCCACAUCACCGACGCGGAGAAGCAGAGAUGGGAGGUUCCGUACAAUCUGCUGCCGCGGGAGAAGCCUCCGCCGUUAAAACAGGCUCUCGGCCGUUACGACGCGCUCUCGCCAUCAGAAUACGUCGGGGCGGAGCUUAUCUUCGCCUACACCGAGGAUCCUUUCACCUUCUCCGUGAAACGGAGAUCCAACGGCGAGAUUCUCUUCGACUCCCGCGCGGAAGCAUCCGAUCCGUACAGCGAUUUGGUGUUCAAAGACCAGUAUCUCGAAAUCUCGACAAAAUUGCCGAAAAACGCCGCGCUGUAUGGUUUGGGGGAGAACACGCAGCCCCACGGGAUUAAGCUCUACCCCAACGAUCCGUACACUCUGUACACGACCGAUAUCUCAGCGAUUAAUCUGAACGCGGAUUUGUACGGCUCGCACCCGGUGUACAUGGACCUGAGGAAUGUUGGCGGAGAAGCGAGCGCUCACGCGGUUCUGCUGUUGAACAGUAACGGAAUGGAUGUCUUCUACAGGGGUGAUUCCUUGACGUAUAAGGUUAUUGGGGGUGUUUUCGACCUUUACUUCUUCUCCGGCCCCACGCCGCUGGCCGUCGUCGAUCAGUACACGGCGUUUGUUGGUCGCCCCGCGCCAAUGCCAUACUGGGCUUUCGGUUUCCAUCAAUGCCGAUGGGGAUACCACAACUUAUCAGUAGUUGAAGACGUGGUGGAGAGCUACAAGAAGGCGAAGAUCCCACUGGACGUGAUAUGGAACGACGACGAUCACAUGGACGGCCACAAGGACUUCACUCUCAACCCUCACAACUACCCUCGUCCCAAGCUGCUAGCAUUCCUCGACAAGAUCCACGCCCUAGGCAUGAAGUACAUUGUCAUCAUCGACCCCGGCAUCGGUGUCAACGCCACCUACGGCGUCUACCAGCGCGCCCUCGCCAACGACGUCUUCAUCAAGUACCACGGCCGCCCCUUCCUCGCCCAGGUUUGGCCCGGAGCUGUCAACUUCCCCGACUUCCUCAACCCCAAAACCGUCCAAUGGUGGGGCGACGAAGUCCGCCGCUUCCACGAGCUCGUCCCCGUGGACGGCCUCUGGAUAGACAUGAACGAGGUCUCCAACUUCUGCAACGGCCUCUGCACGAUCCCGCAGGGCAGGAUUUGCCCCAACGGGACCGGGCCGGGAUGGGAGUGCUGUCUCGACUGCAAGAACGUCACCAGCACGAGGUGGGACGACCCGCCCUACAAGAUCAACGCUUCGGGCAUACAAGCGCCCAUAGGCUACAAGACCAUAGCAACCAGUGCUUAUCACUACAAUGGAGUGCUCGAGUAUGAUGCACACAGUUUGUAUGGCUUCUCGCAGUCCAUCGCCACCCACAAGGCCCUGCAGGGGCUGCAGGGGAAGCGCCCCUUCAUCCUCACCCGCUCCACCUUCGUCGGGUCAGGCCAUUACGCCGCGCAUUGGACAGGGGAUAACAAGGGGACAUGGGAGGAUUUGAGGUAUUCAAUCUCCACAAUGCUCAACUUUGGCAUAUUUGGAGUGCCAAUGGUGGGAUCAGACAUCUGUGGAUUCUACCCUGCUCCAACAGAGGAGCUCUGCAAUCGCUGGAUCGAGCUCGGGGCAUUCUACCCCUUUUCAAGAGAUCAUGCAAACUUCUACUCUCCAAGACAGGAGCUUUACCAGUGGGAGUCAGUUGCAGAGUCUGCAAGAAACGCCCUAGGCAUGAGGUACAAGCUUCUGCCUUAUCUCUACACGCUCAGCUACGAGGCUCACACGACGGGCGCGCCCAUCGCCCGUCCCCUGUUCUUCACCUUCCCAAAUGAGGCCAAACUAUACGAUCUCAGCACCCAAUUCCUCCUCGGGAGCAAUGUGAUGGUGUCCCCGGUUCUUGAACCGAACAAGACGACGGUCAAGGCCGUGUUCCCUCCCGGGAGUUGGUACGACAUGUUCGAUCUUGCAAAGGUGAUCGUGACGAAGGAGGCGCGCCCCGUGUUGCUGGACGCGCCGCUGCACGCGAUCAACGUGCAUUUGUAUGAGAACGCCAUAAUCCCCAUGCAGCAGGGCGGGUUGAUAUCCAAGGAGGCGAGGGCCACGCCUUUCACGCUCGUGGUCGCCUUCCCGCUCGGGGCGAAGGAGGGGAACUGCGAGGGGAGGCUCUUCCUCGACGAUGAUGAGCUGCCGGGGAUGAAGGUGGCGGCGGGGUCCUCCACCUACGUGGAGCUGUAUGCGAAGGUCAGCAAUGGUGCGGUGAAGGUGUGGUCCAAGGUGGAGGAAGGCGAGUUCGCGGUGGAGAAGGGUUGGAUUGUGGGGAAGGUGGCUGUGCUUGGGUUGGAGGGGAGUGCGGCUGGCUCCGUGGAGGUUGAGGUUGAUGGAAGAGCGGUGACGGAUGCCUCGGCCGUUGAGGUUAGCACGGAGGAGCAUAGGUUGCCGGUGGGGGUGGUGGGGGAGGAGGGGAAGAGGAAGCAUGUGAUGGUGGAGAUCAGAGGGCUGGAGUUGCCGGUGGGGAAGAAGUUUGCUAUGUCGUGGAAGAUGGGAAUCAAAGGCUGAGGGGAUUUAUUCUUCUUAUUGAUUUGCUUAUUAUGCAAUUAGUUCAUUAAUUAACCAACAAUUUGUCUUUAAUUAUUGAGUGGUGAAUCGAGGUUGUGAAUGGGAAGGAGAUGAUGGUGGAACUCUUUGUACAUCCCAUUCCAUUCAAACGCUUCAACACACUGCAUUUUAUUUUCUCGAAUCGAAUGAGAGUUGCCUUUUGCAAA